UAUUUAAAAGCUGGAAGACCUUUUUAUUUAUAGGUAUAUGGGUGGCUAGAUGAUAAUGCCAGUAUGCUUCACUGGUUCUCUUAGUCAUAGCCAAGGUUGGCUCAAACAUUUACAGUGGGCCACACAUAAUGAGAAAACAGAAAAAAAAAAUGUUUUAUUCUGUGUAUUAUUGAUUUGUAUCAAAUAUUAUUUUAUUGCAAUGCCAUCCAUUAUUUUUAUCACUGCAAGAGUCAUCUGGUCUAAAUGGUGGUCUAAAUUAAAUAAAAUAUUUAAUAUUAAAAAGUAUUAUUAAAUUUCAAGUCUGAGCUAUGUUGACCACCCUGGAUUAAUAUGGGUCAUCUUGAUUUAGUUUUUUUUUUCUUCAAACAUGUUAUCUCUUUUUGCAGUAAACUGAAGAAAUGGAUCCCAGUAAAGGCAGAGGCCGUGGCCUUGCCACGAUGAUUGCACUGAAGAAGUGCCAGAACUUGGACUCUGGAUCUGGAUCAGAUGGGUCUCCGGAAGCCACACCUGGAGCAAGUGUUGUGAGCGCUACGACGAUUGCACCCUCCUCGGUUGGUGGGGGCGGCCGCGGGCAUCUUCUGGCCAUGCUCGCCAAAAGACAGCAGCAACCUGGACCGCCGUCAUUCAGUCCCGCCUCUGACGUAGCGCCGCCCGCAGCAGCCCCGGCUCUUGCACCAAAAGCGUCCGGUACUGGAAGAGGGAAAAUGUUCCAGCAGUUACAAGCGCGAAUGGCAGCAACAGCGCCUAAAGCAGGUGAUCAGAAUGGACACGGCCACGACGUCGGCAGUUUGACGCAGAAGAUGGCCGCCAGCACGGUGUCAGGCACCUCCGCACAGCCCUCGUCCGUGGCUAGGAAUAAACCUUUUAAAGAAGUGAAAGACACCCCACCAGUGGUUAAUAUGGGCCAAUCCGGAGAUCCCUGUGAAGUGACUGCUAAUUACGUCCGUCUCAACUUUGAAGAGAACAGUGUCUUCGAAUAUGAAGUGACAUAUCACCCGGAUCAGGACUACAGAGCGCUGCGGUUCAAGCUACUAAAUGAACACAGCCAAUAUUUCAAGACUAAGACAUUUGACGGCACCACACUUUACGUGCCACACAUGCUGCCAGAGGAGGCUCUAAAUCUCGUGUCGACGAAUCCGUACGACGAGUCGAAAGUCAAUAUAAAGAUCAUAUUCCGACGCACACGCCGCCUCAGCGAGAUGGUCCACCUGUACAACGUGCUGUUUAAACAAAUCAUGAAAGAUCUCAAUAUGGUGCGUUUCGGCCGCCAGCAUUUCAACGAACAUCUUGCUGUGCAGAUCCCACAGCAUAAGCUGGAAGUUUGGCCCGGUUACGUAACGACGGUAAACGAGUUCGAGGGCGGUCUUAUGUUGUCCCUGGACUCGACCAGCAGAGUUCUUCGCACACAAUCGGUGCUUAGUUUCAUAAAGGAGAUGGUCCAGGCGAAGGGCUCAAACUGGAAGCAAGCUAUGACGGAGAUGCUCAUCGGCUGCUCCGUUAUGACGACUUAUAACAAAAAGCUGUUCAGGGUCGACAGCAUUGAUGACACAAUGACGCCCAGAUCCACUUUCGAAAAGAAAGAAGGAGGGGAAAUGGUGAAAAUAAGCUACAUCGAUUAUUACAAAAAGAACUAUGGAAUCGAAAUCAUGGAUUUGGAUCAACCCAUGCUGAUAUCUAGAGAAACGAAACGCAUGCCGGGCUCGGAAGUGCCCACGGACUUCCUGAUCUGCCUCGUGCCCGAGCUGUGCCAGCUGACGGGCUUGUCGGACGACCAGCGGUCCAACUUCCGGCUCAUGAAGGACGUGGCCACCUACACCCGCAUCGACCCCAACCAGCGGCAUGCUGCUUUUAAAAAGUACAUACAAAACGUGCUGGAGAACGAAAGCGCGCGCAACCGCCUGAAGGGCUGGGGCCUCAGCAUCCACCCCGACACGGUGCGGCUGGCGGCGCGCACGCUGGCGCCCGAGCGCCUGUACUUCGGCAACAACCGCUCCGUCGACGGCAAGCCCGACGCCGACUGGAACAACGACGCCACCAGGAACACCGUCAUGCAGGCGGUCGACAUCAUUCGGUGGGCGAUCAUUUUCACGAAGAGGGAUGAGCAAGUCACGCAGAAUUUUCUGGGCACUCUUCACCGCUGCUGCGGCCCUAUGGGCGUGAUGGUGCAGCAGCCCGAGAUGGUGAUGCUGCCCAACGACCGCACGGAGACCUAUGUGCAGGCCCUCAAGAAGACCAUCAACUCCUCCAUCCAACUCGUGGUCUGCAUGUGCCCCACGUCUCGCGACGACCGCUAUGCGGCCAUCAAGAGGAUCUGCUGCGCGGAGAACCCUGUACCGUCGCAGGUUAUAAACGCGCGCACCGUCAUGAACGAAAAGAAAGUCAGGGCCGUCACGCAGAAAAUCCUGCUUCAAAUCAACUGCAAACUGGGCGGGACUCUAUGGAGCAUCGCAAUACCGUUCAAGACGGCCAUGGUGGUCGGCAUCGACAGUUUCCACGACGCUGGGCGGAAGAAGCGCAGCGUGUGUGCUUUCGUGGCGUCAUAUAACCAGUCGAUGACCCACUGGUACUCCAAGGCGGUGUUCCAGGAGCGCGGGCAGGAGAUCGUGGACGGCCUCAAGUCCUGCCUGGUGGACGCGCUCAAGCACUACCUGCGCGUCAACGGCCGCCUGCCUGACAGGAUCAUCAUGUACAGAGACGGCGUCGGUGACGGGCAACUGCAAGUGGUCCAAGACUACGAGAUCCCGCAGAUGAAGAUCUGCUUCAACGUGGUGGGCGAGACGUACAAGCCGACGCUGACGUACGUGGUGGUGCAGAAGAGGAUCAACACGCGCAUCUUCGCGCGCGGGCCCGGCGGGCUCGCCAACCCGCGCCCCGGCACCGUGCUGGACCACACCGUCACCAGGAGGGACUGGUACGACUUCCUGAUCGUCUCCCAGAAGGUGAACCAAGGCACCGUGACCCCGACGCACUACGUGGUGGUGCACGACGACAGCGGCCUGACGCCCGACCAGUGCCAGAAGAUCACGUACAAGAUGUGCCACCUGUACUACAACUGGCCCGGCACCGUGCGCGUGCCCGCGCCCUGCCAGUACGCGCACAAGCUGGCCUACCUCGUCGGCCAGAACAUACACGAGCAGCCCUCCGAGGCGCUGUCCGAUAGGCUGUUCUUCCUAUAAAUGUGAGGCCUUAUAGCUAGUACGCAUCUGCGGUUGCGACUGCGCGCAAUCAUACUGUAAGUUGGCGGUUAAAUGUGUACGAUCAUUCGCAGUUGUAUAGUAAAAACGAAGUUGCGUUCCGCUCCGCGUUGGUUGCAACCGCAAAAGCGUGUGGCUUAAGUUGUUAAUUUUGUAAUAAAAAUAUCAAUAGCAGAAAAUCGUUUGGCAAUUACUGCAAUGUUCUGCCGCCGGAGUGCAGGCCGCGUUGCCAACGUUACAAUCGUUAACGCUCCGUAGCGUAGCGUAGCCAUCUCUCUAUCACUCUUCCAUAUUAGUGCGACUGUGACAGUUGCGUUUCGUUCGCCACGGAGCGUGAACGAUAGGCACGUUGGCUACGCGGGCAGUACUAGCAAUUAUCGUAAACCAUAGUAUCGUAACCUAACACCUAGUUAUCGUGACGAAAUUUUGAUUUAAGUAAGUGUUUAGAGGUAGCCCUCUGUUUGUGCUAGUGGCCCCCACGCAGAGUUUUGCUUAAUAUUAUUGAAAAUGGGCGAUAAAAAAUUACGUUUGGUAUGACAACGACACGAUCAUUUCUCUUAAGGCUGCACCCGACGCCAACGACCUCGCGUGUUGGCGGAGCUUUUAUCCCUCACCGCACCACCCGCUGCAAAAGAUCGAGCGCCCAGAACUAACCCCCUUAUUCAUAAAAGUGUACUAAAGUUACGAUGCCGCUGAUCAUCGUUUGUCCCUUUCCAUCAUACCGAUACGUCGGAAAGGGACAAACGAUGAUCAGCGGCAUCUUAACUUUAGUACACGUUUAUGAAUAAGGGAGUAAGUGUUUGAAAUAGAAUUUCGCUUGCUCGCGCGCGCAAAGCAGCACAGGUCCGUCUAGCAACACGACUUGGCCCGUACUGACUAUACGGCCGAGAGCGGGGUAAUGGCAGGAACCUAGGCGGGAUUUAGGCUUAUUUUUUUAGGAAUUGAGGCAUAGUUUUAUUAAUUUGCAAAAAGCAAAAAAUCAUUUUAUAGUGUUCUGUGAGAAAGAUUGUAAAGUUUCAUAUAUUUUCGAUAAAUUUUUCAGUAAUAAUAGAAUUGAAAGAAAUAGGAGUGACUUCAAUAUUUUUUUCCUUCACUUAUUUAAAUUAAAAUUGAUUUCCAGAAAAACCAUAUCAUGUAUCAUAUCUUGUAGAUUGUUAUAUAUUUGUUUCUGCUCAGAAACUGUCAUAUAAAGAGGAGGAACCUUAAAAAUAUUUUUAUAGAAAAUAUAUAAUUUAUCAACGCCUCACGCGGUAUAUCAACCAUGAUACUCGUAUACCGAAAACGUGGUCUGAAAGUAAGCUUAGUAACUAUGGGUAUGCGAUGAUUUCUCAGAAUUACAUUAAAAAAAAAAUAUUAUAAAAAAACAAAAGACUGCACACUAAAAAGAGGAAAACAAGCCCCACAAGAAUAUUGUUGUUGAUGGUAACUAUUGCAGGCGGGGACCAACUUGACCGCCACCAACGAAAAUACCUACCUAAGUAAGACUGCUAAAAGGUGAACUUAACAACCAAAAUGACUAUAAGUAACCCUCUGUUGGUCCCCGCCUGCGAUACUUACCAUCAACAAGAAUAUUCUUGUGGGGCUUGUUUUCCUCUUUUUAGUUUGCAGUCGAGUUUUUGUUUUUUUAUAAUAAUUAGUUUUUUAUUUAUAACUUUUUAGUUACCCCCAAAAACAUCCUAUGACAUUCCCGUGAUCAAGACGAAUCUAACGAUACCUCAUACAUACAUCAAAAUCCAUCAAGCCUUUUAGGUUACAGGAGGCCACAAAGAAACAGACAUACAUACAUACAUACAGUCGAAAAACAUUACCCUCCCUUUGGCAGUCGGGUAAAAACUACCCACAACAGAACACAAACCCGCCUAGUUGUUCGCUGGCAGUGGAUGUGUUCAAGUUUCAAUAGGUAAGUUAGGUUAGAUACGUUACGUAUAGCUAAUAAAUUAUUCCACUUUGAAUAAUUUUGAAAUUUAAGCAAUACGUAAAAAGUAAGUUUGUGAUGUUUCAAUCACGAUUUAAUCCAUUUUUUGCUAUUGAUAUUUGUAUUUUGUUAAGAAUUAGGUAAGAAAAUCUAUAUUUAGAUAUUUUUGUACGAAUUAGAGGUAAUGACAAAUUCCCACCACGUUAUUGUGCGGCUUGUUGAUUGAGAUUGUUGAUUGUAACUUCGAAUAAGACAUGAAUCAUUUUAUCAGAAGAUAUUUUUUUUUUAAAUUGGAUAAACCAGUAAGGUUCUUUUUGUUAGCAAUUAACUGAUAGUUUUAACGAUAAAUGUUUAUCAAUUAAAUGUUACUUUUUAAUUUAUAUGAAUAUAAACUAAUGUUUUUCUCAAACAUGUGCAGGAAUAUUUUAUUUGUGUUGAAUUUCCUUGCAUUUUUCUGAGAAUAGCACAUACAUACUGCAGCCGGAGCAUGUAUUGUUUGCCGAGCAUGUAUUGCGUGGUACUAAACUACCUGGCUUAUUUUUCGGCGUUUAUUGCUGCAGUAUUGUACUAUAAACAUUAAAUGAGGCUGUUUAUUCUUAUAAGUGCUACUAACAAUUAGCAGUUACAAAUCAUAUUUAUUAUUCCCUGGGUUCCAUAAGAAACAGUAGGCGAGUACGGGGCGGUCUUAAGGUUGUAAAGGAUCAUGUAAUUCAAGUUAGUUAAUCACUAAAAAAGUUACCGAAUCAUGAACAUAUCGUGGCUUCAAGGGCUUAUAAACCGAUAUAAAUGUCAUACAUAAAGGAAAAGAGAAGUGGAAUGAGGUAAAAGUAGUGUUUCUACUUGAAAUAUAAAACAAAUUAAAAAUAUUUUCAAUCAAAAAAUUUAAUUUGUUUUCUAAUAGUUCAAGGGGUUCAUAUUACUCCAAGCUUCCGUACGCUAGGACGGCCUACUGAACAAGAUAGGGUCCGUACAAGCUGGCUACUAUAAUUUUGUAUGUUAGUCUAUAAGGUAUUUGUAAUAUGAACCUUGUAACAUAUUACAUGUCAAAAUUUAACUCUGACGCUCUCCAAUUUAAGCCCUUAAUUAAUUUAUGCGAUCGCCCCGGAAAGCAUGUAAAGGCAUAUCAUUUCAGAUUGUUCUCAUCUUGGUAAUGGCAUUUGUAAAUACAAGUUUUCAAAAUUAGCAAGCGUAUUGCUGGAAAGGUGUAAUUUCCAACGAAAUUCAUCUUUGGCAUAAUAUUUCAGAUUGUUCUCAUCUUGCUAACGGUAUUGCAAAUGCAAGUUCGCAGCUAAGAUUAAUUAGGUAUUACAUGUAAUUGGUCCAUCAGGUGCUGUAGAACAGGCCAAUUCGUACGUACACUGACUUUAUGUAUAUUUGAAUCAUGUUAGUACAUUACGAUACAAGUGCGAAAAAUAGGAAAUUCGAAACGAGUGGCGAUAAAUUAAAACACGACCGAAGGGAGUGUUUUAAAUCGACACGAGUUGCGAAUUACCUAUUCGCACAUGUAUCGUACAACGUUUUACAGUACAUAUGGCCCUUUAAAUGUUCGACGCAGUAACGUAAUAUGCUGAUUUUCGCACUAGUUCGGUAAAGCACCACCAUAUGUACUGUAAUAUUUAUUUAUAGUGCGCCUCGUCCGCGCCAAUACAUGUACGGACAAUUACAAGUGAAAUGCACGAUAACUAAUACGUUAUUCAUAUUCAGUUAUCGUUCUGAAUGACAUCCGAAUUGGCCUGUAACUUCUAGAGAAGGCGGCCCUUGUGCCUUAAAUAAGCUUUGUAAAACUAAGGAGAAGCUUCAGCCUUUAUAGACGGUAUGCAAUAUUUUUAAUUGCGACCCUGCAGUCUAAUGUAAAACGCAGCGCAAAUCCGUAAAGAUAUAACUUGUUAAGUAUAAGGAUAUUACUUUAGAUGCUCAGAUUUACUAUUUAAUUCUUGCUAUUUGUACCUCCGCAUUAGCUAGUCAUUGACAAUGUCACUGCGUUUUGUUGUGUUUAAUAAAUAACAUACUCUGUUAAGCGAUAUCGUAAGGUACUUAAACAGAAAAUACUGCUGAAUGUUUUGAAACCUAUUUCUUUAGUACUUUAUUAUGUAAUUUCUGUACAAAAUUGUGAUUGGAUUGGUUAUGAAGAUUUAGUUAGUACUCUUUACAAUUAUUGUGAAUGAUCGUAUGACUAUAAGUACCUACAGUAGUCUUAAGUAAACAUCAAGGUGCUUUUUGUGUGUUAAAUUAUUGUUAUAUUAAUUAUUAGUAUAAACCAUGUUCCAUUGUAGCUUGGAUGCAACUUUAGUUAGACAAGUUGGAGCAAUCCCGUUUUUAGGGUUCCGUACCAAAAAGGUACAAAAGGAACCCUUAUGGUGCGACUCUGUCCGUCCGUCCGUCCGUCUGUCACAUUGCUAAAUAUCUCGAGAAGUAAGUAAGUAAGUAAAUAUUCUUUAUUGCACCAACAAUUAUACAUUUUACAUACAUGUAAAACUACAAAUGAAUUUUAAAGGAAAAUAGACCCAGGUAACAACAGGCGGACUUAAGCUAUCGAUUUGAAAUUUGGAAUAGUAAUGAAUAACGCUAACCCAACCAUAUUGGAAGUGUAAUUUUUUUUAUUUGUGUUAUUUAUGGAUAAUUCCUAAUAUAAGAGGGGGCAAAAUUUCAAAGUCUAGUUACUAGGUCAAGUGUUGUGAGAGAGCUCAAAUUGAACAUUACAAAACAAUUUUUUUUUCGUGGUGAAAAAAAAAAAUUGACUUAUGAAGGAAAAUGUGAAAAUAAUACCCCCCCCCCCCCCUUAUCUCCGAAGUUUACGAAUGAAAAAUUAUGAAUUUUUUACAUAAUAAGUAAUAACAUUAUCAUAAAGAUUACAGGAAAAAUAAAAUCAGGCCUCUAUCUUCAGUCCUUUUUUUUAAUUUACAAAAAACAUUUUGUAAUUUAAUUUGCAAUUUAAUUCCGGUUGCGAGUGUUUAUUAUAGUUGAAAUUUCUAUGGGAUUACACUAAAGGCACCAUCUUUCAAAUAAAAUAAAAAUGAUUAAAAUCGGUUCACUUGAUAAAGAAUUAUCCCGGGAAAACCAACAAACAUACAGAUGACACAAAUUAGUUAGCAAAGUCGUCCAUAGAUGGCGCUGUACACAUUUAUACUAAUAGUAUACUUCUGGUCAAAAGUCUUUCUUGAGAAAAUUGAAAGUUUGUACGGAACCCUCGGUGCGCGAGGUAAAGGAACUCGCACUAGACCGGUUUUUUUCUAAAUUUGAAAAUUGUUUUCAAAUAUGCACAGGUUUUCACUUUUAUUAUAUUACAUUCCAAUUUGUAUAGUUUUACAUAUACGAAAAAGCAUCUCGAUUCAUAGAAUAAUUAAACUUAUGGUAAGUUUAAUUAUUCUAUGAAUGGUAAGUAAUUAAAAUCAUAGGUAAUAACACUAAUAACAAUAAUGUCAGUUAGAUACCUAAUGUUUUAUUUUUUUUUCGGAGGGCGAGUCAUGGUCGUACGGAAAUAAAAUUGGAUACCAUUUUACUAGGCAAGCGUCCGAUAUAGCCUAGGUAUUAAUUCGUCCUAUUAAUUCAAUAGCCAUGAAUAUCGUAGAUUUCAUCACCUAAUAGUCCUUAAAUCCUGUUCGUGCUGUCUCUACGUACGUUCCUAUGUACCCCUUCAAUUUCAUGAUUCAGAAUGAUCACUGUUAUAAGUAUUUUUAAUGUCACAACACGAUAGAUCUUCAGUUACCUCGAAAAGAAUCUCUUGCAGUUGUUCUUUGACCUUUUCGCCGCCAUUGACUUGAUAUAGUGUCAGUACUUUUCAUGCCCCACACGCCACGACUUCAUAUCAAGUCGUGGUUUUAUUCAUGUUUGUAUACCUGCAGUUUUUGACGUGGCAUUGAUGACACUAUUACUUCAUUGACGUGGCGGCGAAAAGAUUAAUUACCACACUAGUGUAUGUAAAAAAUGUCGCCUUUGAAUUGUAAGAGAUAUAUUAUGACAUGUUGAUUACAUAUAGUUUAACUCAGUGUCCAACUAAUUGCUAAAUUACCUGAUAGGAAUUUCUGGUCAUAACUGUAAAUAAUGAGAAUAUCAUUAAAAAAUAUAGUCGCUGUAGUUCGUGUCAUCCACGAUGAUGAGCAGAUUUGUCAAAUCUAACCUUUAAUAACUUGUAAAUUAGUUCACUUUGUAAGAAACCUGAAUACUAGGUGUAUAUUUUCAUUGUUCUGGUAUUAUUUUCGACUUGAUUGCUUUUAUUUUGUCGUCCGAAGUUCAGCUUUAUAGACGAUCAUUUCUGUUACAUACUGGACGCAACUCUUUAAUAAAUGUUCCAUAAGAA